CUCACACUUUUUUCACAGCUACAUCCUUCAGCGGUUUUGGCCAAAAUAUGCUGGUUGGCUCCAUAUACAUUUUGGCUUGGCAUUGCAUGCUAUUCUUUAUGUGAUUUUAUUUUUUAUUUUGUGUUUUUGCCACUGCCAUUCCACUUCACGCGUGCUUAUCGCACACUCGUGAGGUGCUGACCUCGAGUGGCUCGUAAAUAAUAGCAGCUGAAAGCGCAAAUAACUCACACUCGAAAUCAGGCAGCUCGACAUCUAAGACAUGAAAGCGGCUACAAUAAUAAUUGCAAUUAUCCUCCUUCUGCCUGCUAGCCAGCAAAGCUCUGCAGGUAUGGAACGGAAAGUGCUGUCGUACAAUCCCACCUAUGAAUUUUGGUUCUUUAUGCCAACUGGCAGACCAAGUUAUGUGCCUCAAAGCGUGAAAGACGUCUAUUGGAAAACCAAAUCGGUUUGCUACACCGAUUUUUGGUUUCACUGCGGGAAUGGUAAACCAAUAGCGGUGUAAAUUGAUUUGUUACUGGUAAAAAUAUGAAACAUUGGAUGGGCUUAAUGUGUUUGUGCAGAGACCUUGUAUUAAAAAAGGUAUUAAAACGAUAUUAUUAUACAUCAUUCAUAAAUAAAUAAUGAUUUUGAAUCAAUAAGAGUGCAAACUAUAAAGACAUUGUAAUGUAA